AUGGCCGACAAUCAGCGUGAGACUUCACCAUCCUCACCUCCACCCACGAAUACUGACAGGAAAGAGCGAGAAUCGUCCAGGGGCGGAGACCGCAGAAGGAGCAGGUCUCCUCGACGGGAUAGGGACAGGCGCGAGGAUCGACCGCGGCGCAAGGACGCAGGGUUCAAAUGGAAGGAAAAACGUCGAGACGAUGACGACUCGAGACGUGACCGAGAAGCAGGAUUGCAGCGAGGCUAUAGAGAUCAUUAUCGACCUCGCUCGAGAUCUAGGACCCCCCCUCCUCGGAGGCGUUCCCCCCGAAGAGACGACAGAGAUCGCAACAGACAGCGAGAUCGAGAGGAACCAGAACUCCGCGAAGAAAAGAGGAAGGAGAAGCCAGACAAGAAAGAGAAGAAACCAGCGCCUGCAAUACCAGCGCAGCCUAUGAUUAUUGUUUACGUCAACGACCGACUGGGGACGAAGAAAGCUAUUCCAUGCUAUCCCACGGAUCCAAUAAAGGACUUCAAAGUUAUCGUUGCUUCGAUGAUUGGCAGACAACCUCAUGAGAUACUGCUCAAGCGACAGGGCGAAAGACCAUUCAAAGACCAGCUGACACUUCAGGACUACGGUGUCAGCAACAAUGUCCAGCUGGAUCUUGAGGUUGAUACAGGGGAUUGA